GUACGGUGAAGAUCGGUCCUCUUGCGAUUGAAAAUCAGCAGUCACUAUUUAAUACAAAACCCUCAUUCUCCUUUCUCGACCCGACUGUGACGGCUACGUUUCUCAGUUAGAUCUCUCCGAUUCUCAAAUCCUCGAUUCGGCUCUGCGAUCUCUCAAAGGUUAUCAAAAGAUGGCAGAAUCUAAACCAGGUUUGAGGAAACCGGUAUUCACUAAGGUUGACCAACUCCGACCUGGCACCAGUGGGCACACUCUCACAGUAAAGGUUGUUAGUACUAAGAUGGUUUUGCAGAAGGGCCGAGCUGAUGGUCCUCAAGUGCGCCAAAUGCGAAUUGCUGAAUGCUUAGUAGGAGAUGAGACAGGAAUGAUUAUCUUCACAGCUAGAAAUGACCAAGUGGACUUGAUGAAAGAGGGAAGUACUGUUGUCCUGCGGAAUGCUAAAAUCGAUAUGUUCAAAGGAUCAAUGAGGCUUGCUGUGGACAAAUGGGGCCGUGUAGAAGUCACGGAACCUGCUGAUUUCACUGUGAAAGAAGAUAACAACCUGUCACUGAUUGAAUAUGAACUUGUGAACGUAGUUGAAGAGUGACAUUUCGGGGAUGUUAUUCACUCUACGUUGCCUCGAAAAAAAAAAUAAAAAAUAAAAAGAAAUCCAACCAAGAAGUACUGUUCUCUAAGGGGCAUCUGAUAUCCAAAACGUUCGUGAAAGUUUUACUUGUAGGAAGAAGAAAUCUAGAAGCUAGUAGUACCCAAGUUGCCUGUUACCUUGCCGUGCAGCAAAAAUGGUGGCUCUCUAUGUUGAACCUCCAAACAAAGAAGAUGGUGAUGGUUUAGUUGAUUGAGGGAGAGCUGGCUUUUUUGAUUUGGCCUUUUUCUGCUUAUUAUCUAUUUAUUUUUGGAUGGCAUAUACAAAGAUAUACUAUGAAAUGUAUGUCUCUCUAUACUUUGUAUAAUUCGGUAUGAUUUUGCGUGCUGCUUAAUAUUUGCAUAUCAAGUUUAUCGUAUA